AUGGUCGAUAGUGGUGUCCCCCAGGGUUCAGUACUGGGACCCAUUUUGUUCCUUAUCUACGUGGACGAUGCCGCAAGAGAUUUAGACUGUGAAGUAGCAAUGUUUGCGGAUGACAUGAAGAUAUGGAGUGUCAUUCGGGGUCCUGCCGAUGAAGACAGACUGCAGAUGAACCUGAAUCGGUUGGAGGAGAAGUCAAACCGUUGGCUCCUGCGGUUCAACGUUGCCAAAUGUAGCAUACUUCGCCUAGGCAACACAGCCAGAUCCGCCAGCACAAGAGGCUACUUUCUGGGCGGUGCAGCCCUACAAGAGGUCGAAGCCCAAAGGGACCUCGGUGUGCUGACGACGAGUUCCUUAAAACCAUCCGCCCACUGUUCGAGGGUGGCAAAAACCGCAAUGUCGGUACUGUACGCCAUCAAGCGUGCGUUUAUGGACUUUGACGAAGAAGCUUUCUCUAAGACAUUCGGAACAUUCGUCCGGCCGCAUUUAGAGUACGGCAUACAAGCUUGGAGGCCGUGGGCUGUUGUGGAUCAAAACUGCCUUGAAAGAGUCCAGAGGAGAGCCACGAAGAUGGUUAGGGGUCAAAGCUCCUUUCCUUAUGCAACCCGCCUAGUAAAUCUGAACCUAUUUCCUUUGAGUUACAGGCAACUUCGCGGAAAUCUCAUGCAAGCCUUCCGCAUUGUAAAGGGGUUGGAUUGCAGUCUGGCCUUUGAGGACUUCUUUGAAUUUCCUACUACGACCAACCUCCGAGGUCACCCGUUAAAACUGCACACUCAGCAGGCACGGCUGGAUGUGCGGAAGUUCUCCUUCUCGGUUCGGGUGGUCAAACCAUGGAAUGAGCUUCCCGCAGAUGUUGUGAUGUCACCAUCUAUACAAAGUUUUAAGAAGAAUCUGGACAUAUUUAUGUUCCGAAAUGACCAAGAGCGAUGAGAAGUCGAGCUCACCCCCUGUAACUCCUUCUCAUUUUGUCCCACCAUUAUGGGCGUGUUCGAACUAUUUCAGCCCGGAACAUCUAUCUGUACACCACACAUUUUUUACGUUGCAAAUAGGGUACUCAAAGGCUUACGCCUAUUUCCCUCAAUAAACUGAACUGAACUGAAAAGUCGUCCGCAACCAUUUGAUUCUUGAAGCUUAAGUCGGCCGCGGCAUGAAAUGCCUGUGAGAGUAAACGAUCAAAAUUUUCGUUGGCGUUGGGAGGGUGAUGGACGCAGCCAACGAGUAAGGAAAACUUAUUUUUAGUGAAACCUGGAGCCAGCGACUGCCUUCAACCGUGGAAAAAUGCGGGAGGUUCAACGGCAGAAAUAUACGUGUUUGCUUAACGUUGACGCAACUGCCCCCACCACGGCUGGCUGGAGGGUCAUUUCGAAUGCAAGUAUGGCCUAGAAGAGAGAGUUCGGAGUCAGCCACGGAAACUAAUGCCCAUGUCUCGGUUACUAAAACAAUAUCUGGACGAUGGACGUAUACCAGAAUCUGAAGCAAAGGCCUCUUAUUUAGCAGGGAUCUGGAAUUUUGGACAACAAGUUUGACACGAAGGACCGUUUGUUUCUGAGCGAGGUGGACAACGUCGUACAGUGCUUCGCUGCCCACGGAACACACGGUCCAGAUGAACCCAUUCGGUUCUACAAAAAAUUCUGUGGCAUUAAAAUAUUUUGACGUGGAUAAAAAUGAGCAGGACUUGGAGGCGGAAAUGACGGGCAGGCAAAUUGGUAACCAUUGUUAGCUAGGUCAUUUUCAGCUGAAAAUCCACGGGCCGAAUGCUGCCACUUAUUCCCGUCGGAACGAAACUGAGGAGCGGAUGAGUUAACUGACCCAGCAUGGACAUUGGAAUGAGGAAAGCAUUGGUAAAACGGCCGUGGAGGAAACGUGUUAGGGGGUGUGGAUGCACUGUUUCCAUUGGAGCAAGAAUUCAAUUAAAGGCGAAAAUGUCGGCAUAUUCGGCCUACCCGCCACAAUGUGAGUGCUGGGGGGUAGUUGAAAACAUGCUACGUUUUGGGCCGUGUUGUUUGAGGCAGUGUUAGGCGACUGUAGCUGGAUUUACCCGGUGCCCGAGUGGCUGAGACGGCAUUUGGAUUCGCCCUUGACUGAGGCACAUGCUUAGGCUUGCUAGGGGUUGCUGGAAGAAUCGGUAGGGGCGUUUUCGUACCAGGCGUGUUGAUGUGUUUGAAGAUAUCAGCAUCAAGAGUAGUCAAAUUCCCUACGGAAUUGACUAUGCCCUGACGUGCAGAGGUCGCAGAUGAUGAUGAUGAAGAGACUUAUUCAAACUGACAAUAAGUGUCCUCAUCUCGGUGUUGGUUUUUGACAAUUUCAAUUUGUUCAGUCUUCGCUGCAAUGGUGUGACGCUCGACAAAACUGAGCAGUGUUAUUUGCGGCAGGAUUCUCUAGUUAUGUCCCUCCUCGACAAGAUAAAAUCGACUUCUAUCAAGGAAAAAGGGUAAUUGGUAUCGGUGCAUUACGACUGAACGAGAACAGUCGUUUAGCCUGUGCGACACUGAAACCCAAGCAACAACUUGCAGGAACAAAUGCGCUCCUUCUAUAGCAGAUAAGUGACUCGGAAUGUUUCGCAGUACAAAAUUAUGCCUGCGUUUUAUUCUCUCCUAGGUUUCUGAGCUUAUUACUUCAAUAACCUUAAACGCCUGUCUAAUGACUUCUUCAGAAGUGCCGUUUUUGUCGUCAUAUAUCAACCGAUAGUGUAUUUCGUCGGCUGAUGUUCUGUUACGACUAGCGGUGGCGUAGUUUUGGACGAUUAAGAGGUCAAAAAGUUCUACUUGGACUAAAGAGGUUUUUAAGUUAACCAUACCCACAGAAGGCAACGAACAUAUUCUGGCACCUGCUGGGUCUCCGGCCACGAUUCUAGCACUCAGAUACGGUGGGGAGGCCGCAAGCUUUCGUCUUUAAGCACGUACUCUUCGGGACAUUAAAAGGUACCAUAUAGGUUUUCCGUUGCAGUACAAGGAUGAAAACGUUGCUAACGUACAGAACAACGCACAGAAUAGCAAAUACUACUUUUAGUUUACUACCAAAAACUAGAAGGAGAUGGUCUGACACGGAGUCAAUAAACGCCAAAAAUACCACGUCCUAGACGCCUCGAUGUGGCAAAAAUCCGGCAAGUCAGCACUGCUGAGGCCCUAAGUAGAGAAAUCCGGACCUGGUUUACGACCCGAGCCGACGGAGAAGUCAGUAAUCAGUGGUCGUCACUGAAGACUUCAGUCUAUGGGGCAGCUGAGAAAAUCCUUGGAUACACUCAGCGACGCCGCAGUGACUGGAUCAGCGGAAGAACCCUGCAGUUGUCUGCUCAGACGUCUAGAGCUAGGUCCCUCAACGAUGACUACUUCCGCCAACUUCGGAAGAUGACGGCAAAAUCGGCCAGGAAUGACCGGAAGCAAUAUUGGGCUGAAAUAGCGACCUCCAUGGAACAGGCCUCGAACGUUGGUGACAUUCGAAAGCUCUACCGUCUGAUCCGCCAAGUUAGCAGUAAGCCCUCUACACUGAGUGACUCUGUUCGCGAUGUGAACGGCGGCUUUAUUGCUGACAACUCGGCCAAAGUCGAGCGCUGGCGUGAGCACUUUGAGCACAAUCUCAACUUCGAUAACCAACCUACCCCGCCAUUGCUCUCCUCCUCAGGGGAGUUUCUUCUCUCUCCUACCUAUGCAGUGCCAUGCGAUCCCCCCUCCGAGGGAGACGUCGCCGAUGCCAUACGAAAGUUGCGCAACAAUAAGGCACCCGGAGAGGACGGUAUACCCGCUGAAGUCUUCAAGUCGUGUGUCGACACUGUGGCGCCCUGGCUCCAUGAGGUAAUUGAAUGAGCGUGGGGAGACGAGGUUGUUCCUGACGACUGGGGCUUAGGCAUCCUUGUACCUAUCCUCAAGAAGGGAGAUAAGACGAGAUGCGAGAACUACCGCGGCAUAAGUCUCAUCGACGUUGCUGCGAAGAUCUUCGCUAUUGUCCUACUCAGGCGAUUCCAGGCUGUGUGUGACUCAAUGACGAGGCCCACCUAAGCCGGAUUUCGUGCUGGACGUGGAUGGGCAGACCAGAUAUUCACACUGAGGCGCAUUCUCGAAUUUCGCCAUAGCUACCAACAACCGACGGCCGUCUGCUUCAUUGACUUUGCCGCCGCGUUCGAUUCCGUUCACCGUGAGUCUCUGUGGCGGAUAAUGGCGCUUGAUUGUGUACCGGCAAAAAUCAUCGCCAUGAUCAAGGCCUACUAUCGCUCCACCACUGCGAGAGUCCUGGUCCGCCACAAUCUUUCCCAACCGUUCGGUAUUCGGUCUGGCGUCCGACAGGGUUGUAUCCUGUCACCAAUACUGUUUAACUACGCUAUUGACUGGAUCCUCGGGAGGGCUCUACGCGAGAAUGACGGUGUUGAAUUUGCACCCGGACAUCGACUGACUGAUCUCGACUAUGCUGAUGAUAUCGCCUUACUCGCUUCAAGUUUUGGUGAUCUGCAGUCUAUGGUGUCACGGGUGACCGAGGUCGCUAAAUCGGUCGGUUUGUCCAUAAACGCUGGGAAGACCAAAGUGUUCUCAAGCUGCAUCCCUGACCAGGAGAAGGCACCCCUCGGGAUUGAUGGCUGUCAACUUGGAGAAGUAGACAGUUUUAAAUACCUUGGGGCGAGGCUGCUGCCUAAUGGACAGAGUAAGGACGACUUUGUCUGCCGAAUCGAUGCUGCCGCUGGGUUUUUUCAAGCCUUCGGAAAUGCCUGUGGAACCGACGUGACCUCUCCAUCGCCACAAAGAUUCGCGUGUACCGUGCAUCUGUCCUGUCUGACCCACAUUCGUACCCCUCAAGGCUGA